AUGUCCGGAAAUGUGGAGAGUGUCAGAAAGGGGCCGAGCCCGGCCCGGGACGAGGACAUUGAAAAGAUCCCCGCGCAAGUUAAUCACAGCCCAGAGCAGAAGAUCUCUGACCAGAUCUCGCACGAGAAGCUCGAGGAGUUGGCCCCGAAUGGAGAAGGAGACUACAUCCUGGAAAAGAUCAACGGGAUGAGCGAGGAGGAAGCUCUCGAGAUCGUCGAGGAGGCUGUGGAGUUCUUCAAAGACGACUGGAACUUCCCCACCGACAUGAGAAGCCGCAUGAAGAGGCUCCUCGAGGGCCCGAAGGCGUACGGAGAGCACUACGACCGCGAUCUGAGGAUCGAUGCCGUCAUGAUUCGCUAUUCGUCGCCGUACCCUGGUGUUCGCGCCGUGGCAGAGAUUCUGGACGAUCAAAAUGUGCCCAUUGAGACGUUCCGGGCGUACUUUCUUGGAAUCGGCUGGGCCGUCAUCGGGACUUUCAUCUCAACUUUCUUCAACUCAAGGUUCCCGUCCAUCUCUCUCAGCGGCCAGGUCAUUCAGAUCUUGUUAUUCCCGUGCGCAAAGUUCCUAGAGUUCGUUCUUCCGGAUUGGGGCGUCACCGUCUUUGGGACUCGCCACUCUCUCAACCCAGGCCCUUGGAACUUCAAGGAGCAAAUGUUCGCAACCAUCACGUAUAAUAUCGCAAUCUACACCACCAACAGCUACGGCAUGAUCCUUGUGCAAAAGUCGCCGGUCUACUACGGCCUGCACUUUGUGAACUUUGGCUACCAGUUGAUGCUCACGCUCUUCGUCCAACUCAUGGGCAUGGGUUUCGCCGGGUACCUGCGCCGGUUCAGUGUCUAUCCAGUCAAGGCCCUCUGGCCGACGAUUCUGCCGACAAUCGCUAUGAACAGGGCACUGACCCGCCCCGAGCCGAAGGAAAACAUCAAUGGAUGGACCAUUUCGCGGUACAAGUUCUUCUACGUCUGCACAAUCUGCAUGUUUUUCUACUACUGGUUCCCCGGCUAUCUCUUCACGGCCUUGGCAACCUUCAACUGGAUGACCUGGAUCUCUCCAGAGAACGUGACCCUAGCCAUCAUCACGGGCUCCUCUCUGGGCCUUGGUUUAUUCAAUCCCGUUACGACAUUUGACUGGAACGUCGCCACGUCUUCAUACGCCGCUCUAGCCCAGCCCUUCUUCGCGACCUGCACUCAGUACUUCGGUUCCAUCAUCGGCGGAGCCAUAAUUCUCGGCAUCUACUACACUAAUAUGUACAAUACAGCCUAUCUCCCCAUAAACUCCUCCUCCCCAUUUGCCAAUGACGGCACCCCGUACGUGGUGCAGAAGGUGGUUGUCAAUAACCAGCUCAACGAAACUCUAUACCAGCAAUACUCACCGCCAUUCUACUCGGCCGGGUACCUCCUUACUGUUGGGGCCAACUACUGUUUCUACCCAGUCUACUUCUUAUACAUCAUGGGAAACCAGUGGAAGACCAUAUCGGCAGCGUAUGUUGACUUUUACAAGGGGCUGCGCCACGGGAAGGGCAACUACGAAGGGGCCAUGGACGUUCACAACCGCCUCAUGGCGCAUUAUGGGGAAGUUCCAGAUUGGUGGUUUUUGGUGAUACUUGUUGCCGCCAUUGUUGUUUCUGUCGUCUUCCUCAACAUCUACCCUCUCGACACUCCGGUAUGGAUGGUGUUCUUAAUGAUUGGCAUCAACCUAGUCUUCGCAGUACCCCUUUCCUUCCUCUCCGCAACCACUGGAACAAACCUGGGGCUUGGCUCCUUGAUCCAGGUCAUCACGGGCUACAUGCUGCCAGGCAACACAAACGCCUUCCUCUUCUCGCAGACUCUGGGGUCCUGGGCCCUCGCAGGCUACGGAGACAACUACGUCCAAGAUCAGAAGAUGGCGCACUACACCAAGAUCGCCCCACGAGCCGUCUUCAGGAGCCAAAUCGGCACCAUCAUCAUCACAUGCUUCGUCGCAGUGGCUACGCAGAACUUUAUAAUGGAAAACGUCAAGGGGCUAUGCACCCCUACUCAAGUGAGCCGCUUUACGUGCGCAAACGACGGGGCACCGUUGUACUCGAAUUCGCUGAUGUGGGGGCUCCUUGGCUCCGAGCGAAUGUUUGUAUCCUUUUAUCCCAUCCUGAAAUGGUGCUUCCUUAUUGGAACAAUAAUCGCCAUCGUCUUCUUGGUCGGCCAAGGCUACGGGCCAAAGUACCUCCCGGGGGUACGGGAGAACUUACGACAGAAGCUAAGCCCGAGAACUUUUGCCCUUCUGGACAAAACUCUCUUCCCCUUCGUUGCGUCUCUACUAUGGCUCAACCCGAUCCUUGUAAUCCAGGGAGUCCAGCACUGGGCACCUUCCAAUCUUUCAUACAAGACACCUGGUUUCAUCCUCGGGUAUAUCUUCAUGUACUGGCUUCCCCGGCACCGAUUGGCCUGGUGGGAGAAGUAUAACUACGUCCUGUCGGCGGCCUUGACUGCUGGCGUUGCCGUUUCGGCCUUGGUCAUGUUUUUCGCCGUGGGAUACAAUCCGAUCGCUUUGAAAUGGUGGGGUAACACCGUCAGCGGCGCCGGGGUCGAUGGAAGUCAGAUUGGGAUCCUUCCAAUCCCAGAGAGAGGAUACUUCGGCCCUGAGAGAGGAAUGUUCCCAACGUAG